CCCUGGGCGCCCCCUGCCCUGGGACGGCUCUGGGGAGGCGGUGGAGGAGCGGCCACACUUCACAGCCAUGGCUCUGCACGCAGCCUCGCCGUGGGCUGCAGGUGCCCCCGGCCUGCUCGGUUUAAUGAUCAAUUAAGUCCCUGCCAGACAGCCCUGGGCGACCCGGCCAGCCCGCAGUCCCCGUGGCUCCCCACCGAGCUGCAGCAUGGCUGGGCCCGACAACUCCACUGGCGGCGUCCACGCUCCGGGGCCCACGCUCAGCGUGGCCGACAUCAUCGUCAUCACCGUGUAUUUUGCCCUGAACGUGGCCGUGGGCAUUUGGUCCUCCUGUCGGGCCAGCAGGAACACAGUGAGCGGCUACUUCCUGGCCGGCCGGGACAUGACCUGGUGGCUGAUUGGAGCCUCCCUCUUUGCCAGCAGUGAAGGCUCUGGCCUCUUCAUCGGGCUGGCGGGCUCGGGCGCGGCUGGAGGCCUGGCGGUGGCAGGUUUCGAGUGGAAUGCCACCUACGUGCUGCUGGCACUGGCCUGGGUGUUCGUGCCCAUCUACAUGUCCUCGGAGAUCGUCACGUUGCCUGAGUACAUCGAGCGGCGGUACGGGGGCCAGCGGAUACGCGUCUACCUGUCCGUCCUGUCCUUGCUGCUGUCCGUCUUCACCAAGAUAUCGCUGGACCUGUACGCGGGGGCCCUGUUCGUGCACAUCUGCCUGGGCUGGAACUUCUACCUGUCCACCAUCCUCACGCUCAUCAUCACUGCCCUGUAUACCAUCGCAGGGGGCCUGGCCGCGGUGAUAUACACAGACGCGCUGCAGACGCUCAUCAUGGUGGUCGGAGCUGUCAUCCUGGCGGUCAAAGCUUUCGACCAGAUCGGCGGUUACGGGCAGCUGGAGGCCGCCUAUGCCCGGGCUGUGCCUGCCAGGACCAUCGCCAACACCACCUGCCACCUGCCACGUGCAGAUGCCAUGCACAUGUUCCGAGACCCCUACACAGGGGACCUCCCGUGGACCGGGAUGACCUUCGGCCUGACCAUCAUGGCCGCCUGGUACUGGUGCACUGACCAGGUCAUCGUGCAGCGGUCCCUGUCUGCCCGGGACCUGAACCACGCCAAGGCGGGCUCCGUCCUCGCCAGCUACCUCAAGAUGCUCCCCAUGGGUCUGAUGAUCAUGCCGGGUAUGAUCAGCCGUGUUCUGUUCCCAGGUAUGACGGGCUCUGGGUGCUGAGCCGGGCCGCAGGAA